AUGGCAUCAUUAGCCUCCCAAUCACGUCAUGGAACUGAGAAAGGAAUUGUUUUGCGAAUUGAAGGAGAUUGUUUUAUUUUUGUUUGGUCACCAUCUCAUCCAAUGAAUGAGUUAAAGUUUAUUGACCAAGAUCAACAACAUAGUCCUGGAGAUUUUAUAAGUUUUAAACUCACUGCACCGUUGGAUCAUCUUCAAACUUGCGAUUCUAUUGCUAAAAUACGUCCUCCUCGAACUGUUACAGUUAUUGAUCGUGAUCCAGCACCGAUUAAUAUUUUAGUUCAAGUUGGCUUUCCUCCUCGUGAUUCUAACUAUUUUGAUAAGGAUUUAAUUGAUACUUUGGAUUAUGGUGUUAUUUUUUAUUGUUACUGUCCUGAAUUUGGAAAAUUGGCGUCUAUUCCGUUACAAAAUGAUUGGAUAAUUAAAAAGCUGGGAACAAUGUUUAUUUUGGUUAAUCAGCCACUUACUAUUAUUGAAAAUGAAACGGAGAUUGCUCGUCUUAAUUCUCUUAUGCCUUGGAAUCGUUUACCGUCAUCAACAUCUUCUCACUGUCAAACAACACAACAAACUCAUAUUUACCAACCAAAAAAAGAAGAAACAUCUUAUGGGGCGACAGUGCGUGCUUUGCUCGAUAAUGUUCAGUUAAAUGAGGGAAACAUUUCAAAAACUAAGGAAAACGGUCAUCAAAUGGAGAAUGAGUAUACACCAAAGCGCUGGCCUCCUCCUACAAAUUCUGAACUUUCUUCUACUUUAAAUACGAAAUUCCCACGAAAGAAUGAUUUUGGUGAUUUGGAAUAUUCCAAUAAUUCUUGUGGAGGAACAUCUACAAAAACGACAACAGCAACAAAUAAUAAUUUAUUUUCUGAAAAGAUUAAUAACGUUUAUUAUGGAAACAAUGAGGAAAUUAAACAAAAGAGAGAAUUUCCAAAUCAAAAUAUUUCUCUUAUGCUUCCAACAAUUUUAGAACAGAAAUCUAUUAAUUUUCAAAACAAUUCUGACGUUUCUUCACCUUCUGCUGUUAAUUCUCCAAUUUCUGUUUUGAGUAAUAACAACAAUAAUGGUAGUCAAUUUGGGGUUAAUAAUAAACUUGUUUCCGAAAUUAUUGGAACAAUUACAAUGCUUAAUGCAAGAAAUAUGCAAAUGCAGGCGCUUGAAUUUGAGAAAAAUAUUUUUGAAAUGUGUUGCAAAUUACAAAAGGAAAUGUUGGAGAAAUUUUGA